AGGAAAAUUUUACAUUUCUGUAUUUGGGGCCUGAAUUUAACCUCAGUUUUUGAUAAAGCCAGGCAGGCUCUGGAAGGCUUAACCUUUAUAGGAAACGUAUUCUGUAUAAUAUUCCUGUCACAUUAACAACAUUUAAGAAUUAAGAUAAUUUACGGAGUGGACCAAGAUGGUGGCUCCUGUGGAUCUGGAAUUGAAGAAGGCCUUCACAGAGCUUCAAGCCAAAGUUAUUGACACGCAGCAGGUGAGGCUUGCAGACAUACAGAUUGAACAGCUAGACAGAACGAAAAAGCAUGCACAUCUUACAGGUACAGAGAUUAUGACUUUGAUAGAGGAGACUAACAUGUAUGAAGGUGUAGGAAGAAUGUUUAUUCUUCAGUCCAGGGAGGUAAUUCACAAUCAACUGCUAGAGAAACAGAAAAUAGCAGAAGAAAAAAUUAAAGAAUUGGGACAGAAAAAAUCCUACCUGGAGCGGAGUGUGAAGGAAGCUGAGGACAACAUCCGGGAGAUGCUGAUGGCACGAAGGGCACAGUAGGAAACCUCUAGUGGAAGCUUCCUGCCCCCUUCCAUUCCUCGCCAGGGCAGAGGGGCUCGUGUGGGGAAACAUCCUCUCUUCUGCCCUGAUGGACUUCUUAUUUGAAUGAUCUGGUGGCCCUAUGCUUUCUACUUCACCCUGAUCCCCUUUCCGAUCCUGGCUUUGCCUGCCACCCUUGCCCAGGAUACUCUUCUCCCCUGUGGGUGAGUCACGAACUCCCAGGAGAGGCAAGAUGGGAGCCAGGACAGAUAGGGGAGCUCUGCCCAAACCUGUUAGUUAUGCUGGUUAGACCAAUAAAAGGCAUCUGUCCGCCCCCUGCCCCCCACCCCCACAAAAAAAAAAAAAAGAUAAUUUACGUACAAAACUUAACCAGGAUCACAUCUAGGAAGGAGAGCUGGGGAGUCUGGGAAUUUUACUUUCCAUUUUACAUCUUUCUGUGUGGUUUUAGUUUUUGACCAUGUGACAGUUUUAUUCUUAAAAAAAAAGUAUGUCCAUUUGUUUAUUGUUUAUUGGCCUCUGAAAAUUUCUGAAUAUGUACUUGACAGUUGAAUUAUGUCCCAAACAGAGGCUGACACCCAGUCCAGUUACCCAAGGAGAGGCAGCUCUGAGGGCAACUGGAACAGGCACAUGAUUUUUAGUUCAAUCUGUCUUCCUUUGUUAUUCCAGACUUUCCUAGGCUCUUAGUUUUGUUUUGUUUGUUUUUGAGGGGAAAACCCUAGUUUUUGACCCAGGAAGAUGUUUUAGUUAUCUGUCAAGAUACUUCUGAGUUUUUGAAAAAUCGACUCCCAGUUACAGGUUUACCCAAAUACUUCUCUUGCCCCCUUUUGCUUAAAUGUUGCAGUAUGAUGCACUGUCCCCUGUGAGGACUUCCCAUUUAUUCCUAAAGUAAUGGGUACCAUUUCCCUAAGUAAUCAUUGUGUGACUAUACCAUUUCUCAAAAGGUUAUAGCCUAGUGAGAGGUGAGUAAAUUAAUGCUCCAGAUAUUCCUUGCUAAAGUAUUUUCUCCCCUGAAACUAAAUUUAACACCCAUUUGUGUAAAU